CUUCGGCAGAGAACUGACGCUGGGAUCCGGCGGAAGGGCAGGCGGGGGCCUUUCCCUGCGGCCGAGCGUCGCGCGCUGGUGUCGAUGCUGUGACUGCUGCUGCGCCAGGGAGGGCAGGAGCCCGGGGAGGAGGCGGGUGUGGGUUCUCUGGCCGCGGGCUUCUGCGUCACGCCGCCAGAAGCCCGCAGGAGUUCGCGGCGGCAGGAUCACUCCUCCUCCUACCAGAGCUGUGGCUCUCCCUUGUCUCCCCACAAGUACAUCAGCCAGUGCAGCUAAGCUGGCAUGUUGAAGAAAGGUUUCUUUGCAAGAUGACAGAAUGACUGGCAUAGAGAAUGAAACUGUAAGAGGCAAAGCCAUGGAAGAGGAAAGCACUGAACAGAAAAAGGAACGAGAGAAAAAGAAAAGGUCCAGGGUUAAGCAGGUGCUGUCAGAUAUUGCAAAACAAGUAGAUUUCUGGUUUGGAGAUGUCAACCUUCACAAAGACAAAUUUCUCCGAGAACAAAUAGAGAAAUCUAGAGAUGGAUAUGUUGACAUAUCACUUCUUGUAUCAUUCAACAAAAUGAAAAAAUUGACGACUGAUGGGAAAUUGAUAGCCCGAGCAGUUAAAAGCUCAUCUGUUGUGGAACUGGAUUUAGAGGGAACUAGAAUCAGAAGACGUCAGCCACUGGGUGAGCAACCAAAAGAUGUGGAUAGUCGUACUGUAUAUGUGGAGCUGCUUCCCAAAAAUGUCAACCACAGUUGGAUUGAGCGGGUAUUUGGGAAAUGUGGUAAUGUAGUUUAUGUCAGUAUCCCACGUUAUAAGUCCACUGGAGACCCAAAGGGAUUUGCAUUUGUUGAAUUUGAAACAAGAGAGCAAGCAGACAAAGCUAUUGAGUUUUUGAAUAAUCCACCAGAAGAAGCACCAAGAAAACCUGGGAUGUUCCCCAGAACAGUAAAAAAUAAGCCUGUUCCUGCGCUGAAUACAAGUGACUGCAGUGUAGUGGAAGAGAAGAAGAAGAAGAAGAAGAAAAAAUCCAAAAUGAAGAAAGAGAGCAGUGUACAGUCAGCUGCAGAAAUGAAAGAAUCAAACAUGGACACUACUGCAGAUCAAAUAAGCAAGUCAAAGAGACACAGAACAACAUCUGAGUGCUUGGAAAUGGAAGUAUCUGGAGUCCAUAGGCAAUCUUCUAAGAAAGAGAGAAAAAAAUGGGAUAGAACAGAAAGCCCAGAAUUAACUGAGGAAAGUAGGCUAGGGAAGAGAAAAAGAAGCAACUCUGGAGAUGUAGAGGCAUUAGGUGCAAAAGUCAAGAAAACUGCUCAAAAAGAUGAUGUUCAUUCUGCAAAAGAAGAAACGACAGAAGCUCAAAAGGAUUCCAAAGAAGUUACUACAGAAGAGGAGAAAGAUGGUGAUAAGAAAGAUACAUCCCUUUCAAAAUCAAAAAGGAAGCAUAAGAAAAAGCACAAAGAAAGGCACAAGAUGGGAGAGGAGGUCAUUCCAUUGAGAGUACUCUCAAAGAGUGAAUGGAUGGAUCUGAAGCAAGAAUAUUUGGCCCUUCAAAAAGCCAGCAUGGCUUCCUUAAAGAAAACAAUGUCCCAAAUCAAAUCUGAGUGUGUGGAGAAGAUGGAAACAGAUAGUGGUGUACAAAAGCGUCCUCAAACAAAAAAUGUCAAAUCCACCAGUGAAGAUUCUGGUCCCCCUGAGAAAGCUAACACAAUGGGACCACAGUUUGUGAAUGGAGUAAUUGUGAAGAUCAUUAGCACCGAACCCCUACCAGGCAGGAAACACAUCAAGGAUGCUCUGGCAAUGAUAGCUAAUGUUGCUUAUGUUGACAUGCUGGAAGGAGAUACAGAGUGUCAUGUUCGGUUUAAAACUCCUGAAGAUGCACAGGUUGUAGUGAAAGCACAUAAAGAAAUUCAGAUUAAAAACAACUGGAAACUAGAGGUUCUAACUGGUGAUCAUGAACAGCGGUACUGGCAGAAAAUUUUGGUGGACAGACAAGCUAAACUUAACCAACCUAGAGAAAAGAAGCGAGGCACAGAGAAGAUUCCAAGUUGUCCCAGUGUCUUCAUGCUGAUUGCCAAAGCUGAAAGAAUGAGACUUGCAAAGACACAAGAGACAAGUAAACACAUCCGCUUCUCUGAAGAUGACUGACCCAAAAUUGAUUUUAUUCUAUAAAAGGAUAUUUAAAAUAGUCACUGGAUAUUUUAACUAAACCAUAAACUGUUCUUAUGAAGAAGUCAAAAACAGUCCAUUUGCUUCAUAAUUCUUCAGUGUGCAAUUUUAUUCCAAAUCCCAUUUUUAAAUAUGCUGAGUGUUUGCUGCUCCUGAGCCUGUAGGUAAAGCUUUCUGGGAAAAUGUAUCGAACAAGGUCUUGCUUUGUUUUACAUUUAGUUUUUACUUCUGAUGAAUUUUUGUAUAUUGCAGUUUUAUAAACUGAAUUACAGAAAAGACCAAAUAAAACGUUUUAGAAAUUGA